AUGGAUUUUCAUGGACCUAUUACUCCAAGAUCUCAACGUAGAAAUAAAUAUAUUAUAUUUCUUACUCAUAUUUUAUCAAAAUUCGUCGUUAAAAAGGCUGUAAGGGAUAAUACGGCUCAAACAACUGUUAGAUUUCUUAAAGAAGAUAUUAUUUCAAAAUACGGAACUCCUCGUUGUAUCCUUACUGAUAAUGGAACUCAUUUUACAUCAACAUUAAUGGAUGAAUUAUUUAUACAAAUUGAGGCUACAUAUUUAUAUUCAACACUAUAUCAUCCUCAAACUAAUGAUCAAAUUGAAAGAUAUAAUUCAACUAUGGAUGCAAAAAUUGCAGCUUUAUGA